AUGGCUCUCCUCCAGGCAUCUCUGAUCUGGAUUGUCUAUGCUGUGGUGAUCGCAGUCCUCCUUGUGGUAGCCUCGAUUUUCAUUUAUGUCUAUCAAACUCCGCGUGAUCGAGCUCCCUCGGUCACACUGACAUGCAUCAUUGCCAUCACUUGCUUAUUAGCCACAAUCCUCCUAUUGCCCGUGGAUGUGGCCUUCGUUUCAUCCACAACCUCAUCGAAGUUAGGCCAGAGGAAGGACUGGGCCACCCCGGAUGUGGUUGAGAAAAUCACUUAUUCAUUAACUAUCAUUUACUACAUCCUUUACUCCUUGGAUGCCUUGCUAUGUCUUCUUGUGAUUCCUUUCACAUACUUUUGGUAUGAAGAAUAUGAUGAGGUGGCCGCGGACGAAGGAGAGCAAACACUCCCUCAGCGGUUCUGGGGGGCUCUCAAGUACACUUUGUCCUUCAUUGCAAUCAUCGUAGUUCUUUUCCUGGUUGGGUUCUUUGCACCGGUCUCUGAGGAUAAAAGCAGCAGAGACUUGGACUACUUCAAGCGCCUGCUAACGGAGAAUCACGGCGAGCGUGCUCUGACAUUCGCACUUGGAUUAUUGAUGACAAUAGGGACAUGUCUUUACGUCCUUUACACCUCUGGAGGCCUUGCGCUGUUCCCUAUCAGUUUGAUCAAAGGCGCGCCAGCAAUAUCGAGCCCUGCGUUGCGUGCCACUACGGCGCAGCAGCUGGAAACGAAUCGAGAGCGACAGCGCCAACUUGAAGGCCGUUGCGGAGGAAAUCCCGAGCUUCUUUCCUCAAAAGACCGUAGAGAACUUGAUACACUUACCCGAGAAGAACGGACGUUAAUUCGACGACAGCGCCUUGUUGACGACGCCCAAGGUGAAGGCCGUAGCUGGAUCAUCCGGGCAUGGUACAAAGUUGGUGCAGUUCUGCGUCCCUUCAAAUUGCUCGGUGGGAUCCUAGUCCUUGCAAUCGCUCUUAUGACAUGGGUUUCAAUGCUUUUGACGACCAUUGACAAAGUUAAAAAUUCGAUCUGCAAACGCCAUUGCGGAUACAUUUUGGGUCACAUAAAUGUGUUCAACCCGAUGAACUGGGUUCUUGUCCAAUCGGCUAAGGUAUUUCCUGUUGAUUAUGCGAUCUUCACAGCACUUGUCUUGCUCUUCUUUCUCAGCUCUGUUUUUGGCAUCGCGACUCUGGGUAUCCGAUUUUUGUGGGUCCGCAUCUUCCAGAUCAGAAAAGGCCAUACAUCACCCCAGGCACUCCUAUUGGCGACUGCCAUGUUAAUGCUUGUUAUUUUGGCAUUGAACUAUUCCAUUUCGAUGAUAGUUGCCCCGCAAUACGCCACUUUUGGCCCGCAGACAUUCUGUGAUCGUCAACCCAAUUCGCCAGGAGGACGGUCAGACUGCUCCAAGCAUCAAGACCUGAUCAAGCCAUGCUCGGAACUAGCAGACAGCCCUGCAGCGCAACAAGUUUGCACGCCCAGCGUGGCUAGUACAUUCCUGAACCGGGUCACACUGAACUUUCCUUUCUUUGGUGUUGUCUUCUUUUGGGCCCAAUUCAUCUUCCUCGGACUCUACAUUAUAGUCUUUCUCACUUCACUUUUCCGGUCGCCAAAGCUGGACGAGGGGCAACUCGACGAGGAUUUCGAGGAAGCAGAGGAAGAAGGCCUUCUAGCCAACACCGGCAGACGAUUCAAUGCAAAUUGGCAGGAUAUUACAGGCCAGGCGAACCACAACGAUAAUCCCAACACAUGA